AUGGAUGAAAUUGAACACAACGGUGCGUUUGUUUCUCUGGAUGCAGCAGGAGCAGACAUGCUUAUGCGGGAUCAUCUAGGUGCUAUUAAUUUUUCAGCUUGCAGAGCCCUCUUUACAUGCAGAGAUGCAUUGGAGGCGGAACUAUGCACAUGCAUGGAGGGGCUCUCCCUGGCCAUUCAACGGACGGAUCUUCCUAUUGUCGUGGAGCUGGAUUCUCUCGAAGCGGUAUCUUUGAUAUCGGGUGCGGAGCUUGAUCGCUCAGUUUAUGCUUCAAUUGUGAAGGAGAUAAAGCUUUUGAUGAGUCCUAGACAAACUUGUAUUACUCAUGUAUCUAUAUCUCAAAAUAAAGCUAGUGAUAUGUUAGCUUCUUUUGCUAGAACUCAUGGUAGGACUAUGACCUGGCUAGGAGCUGGCCCGAGUGAGGUUUUGGAGAUUACCUCAGAUGAUUGUAAGGACAUUGUGAUUGAGUAA